CUAUGGUAGUGCUUAACACUACGGAUGUAAUAUAUUUUUGGCCACUGAGUGUAAUUUGGGGGCGCUGUUGUUCCGGAAAUCGGAACCGGAAGCCCUGCUCCUUAACUUUUCCCACUCAUUCUCUAUGGUAGUUUGUUAACACUACGGAUGUAAUAUAUUUUUGACCACUCGUGUACCAGGUGUAAUUUGGGGGCGCUGUUCACCCGUUUUCACACCUCUGAAUUCAAAGGAGAGCAUCGGCGGCGACUUCGUAAAGUAAAAAGUUUGUAGAAGUUUUAAUCGUCAAGUUCGAACAACACAACUCAAUGGUGAGUCAAGCUGUUUUCUUCAAGUUGUCCUUCCAUGGCUCUCAGUGGUGUCAGCCUUUUUGGACAAGUUUUUUCAAGUUGUUCUCUGAGUUGUAGUAGAAGAAGUAGUUUCUUUCUUUUGUUUGCUAACGUGUCUUAGUGCAGUGGUGGUACAACUGUACUGUGAGGCGAACGUGAUGAAUACUACACUACUGAAGCCGUGAGGAGGGAGACGGUCAAUACGUAGUGUGUCACCUUCUUUGUGGACAUACAGGGGGACGGUGUCACAGGUGGAACUGAUGCUGUGAUGUCAUGUUCUCACCGGAUCAGUUAGCGGGUGCACAGCAGUAAUUGGUAGUUCGCACCUGUUGACCGCGUGUGGGUUGAUUCCUGCAGAGUUUCUUCACACGUGCUGCGGUGAUGAGGGACAUUAAUGGAGUGGAGGGGGAGAAAACAGCCGUUUAAAACACGUCAUUUCCGGCAGAGGAGGCGUGUCUUAACUUGUCAACUAACCGAAGAACAACAAAAACAAACAGAACGCGCAGGAGGUUCCGGGGAUGUUCUCAUCAGUGUGUUCCCUCGUCAGGGGUGGAGUUUUGUGAUGUGACGUGCUGCUGAAAACGGGCUCUGCUUUGGUCUCCGCUACAUCAGAGGUAAGAGACUGAAGAUCUGUGUAACGAGAAACUGUCCCUGACAGAAACAUCAGACAGACCCGGACGCCACGCUCGGAUGUUUGGCAAACAGCACCUCAGGGCUGGAACCAUGGAAUCUUCCUCUGAUGAAGAGGAGGUGCGCACCUUCGUCAAAGUCAUCAGCGAGAAGUACAACCCAGAGAAUUUCCCCUAUGGCCAAGGCCUGGGAGUCGUGGUUCUGUCCACUCCUCCCGGAUCUCCGGUCAAGGAUCGCCUCUUCCUGCCCAGUAUUCUGGUUCUGAACUACUGUGGAAUCAGUAAAGCCGGAGACAAGUCGGACAUCGCAGCGUUCUGUGCUCAUGUGGUUGAACUGGACCUGUCUUAUAAUCAGCUCAAUGACUGGGGAGAGAUCUGCACCAUUGUCUCCAACAUCCCCCACCUGGACUUUCUCAACCUGAGCAUGAACCCUCUGAGCGGCGCGGAGCUGGAGCCCAGCAUGGCCGAGAUUUUCUCCAGGGUCCGACAACUUGUCCUGAUCAACACACAUGUCAGCUGGGACACCGUUCACAUGCUCACACAACAAACACCAGAGCUGGAGGAGCUUUUCCUGUGCCUGAACGGCUACAACACGGUGUCAGAAUCCCAGACAUCCUGUCCGUCGCUACGCUUGCUGCAGAUCACAGACAACCAGCUGCAGGCCUGGGCAGAAGUGAGGAAGUUUGGUUCGAUGUACCCGUGUCUGAGGACGCUGGUGCUGGCCAAUAACAGCGUAGAGUCUGUGGGGGACACACAGGAAAACCUGCAGCGCCUGUUCCCAAACCUGCGCAGCAUCAACCUCAACAACUCAGGGCUUAGUAAAUGGGAGGACAUUGAGAGGCUGAAUUUCUUCCCUAAGCUGGAGGAAGUCAAAGCGAAGGGGAUUCCUUUAUUGGAGCCGUACACAACGCACGAGAGACGCAGCCUCGUUUUAGCACAGCUGCCAUCUGUAAUAGUGUUGAAUGGGGGUUCGGUGUCUAAUGGAGAGAGGGAGGACGCUGAGAGGUUCUUCAUCAGGUUCUACCAGGACUGUCCCAAACAGGAGCUUCCUGAGAGGUACCAUAUCCUCGUAUCCAAGUAUGGUCAGUUGGCCCCGUUGGCAGAGGUGGACCUCAGCCCGCGCUGCACCUUGGUGGAUGUUCGCUGGGGGGAGAGGGUGGAGACGGUCAGCCUUCGCCUGGAGCAGACCGUGGGUGACCUAAAGAAACACCUCAGAGAGGUGCUGCAGUUGCCCACCAAUGGGAUCAGGCUUUUCUACAUCAACCGGGAGAUGUGCUCAGUGUUGGGACCGGAGGAGUUGAAGUGGGGCUGCCGGGCGCUCCACUCCUACCGCAUCCGAGACGGAGACGAGAUUCUAGUUGUGCCCAAAGUCAAAAGCCGCUGCAGCUCCACAGAUCUUUGAGUCUGGUUUUUAAAUGAAUAGGACUUAAAGCGUUUUAGAUAAUAGACACUUUCUGGAUACUAGCUUCAACUUGAGCCUUUUGGGUCAGUUGAUAUUUUUCAGCCUUGAAUGUAAAGACGUUUGCUGUCCACCAUAAUGAACAAGUUCAUACAGUAAUAUAUUUGCACAGACAGUAGGAGUUCCAUGUUCACACAGUUUAUGAGUUUACAUCUCAUUUAUCACAAACAUUCUGCAAAACCAUUGGUUUUCUAAAAGGAAUAACAGCUGCCAGAAUGCCAAAUUAAUGCACAAUUGCACAUUAAUUUUAAAACUAAAACCACUUUAUAACCUUAUAAUUGAUGUUUGUCUAGUUAGGAUUUAAACCCCUCCAUUUAUAGCCUGAUCAUUAAUGAAAUUGAUUAGAAAUAUUCUGGUACAGAAUAUAAGUCCUGCGCACCACACUUUCACACAUUUUACUAAUUAUUUGUGUUGAAGGAAAUGUUGAAAUAUAUUAUAUAUAUAUAUUUUAAAGAAAGAUUAAUGUUAGAAAGUUGGAUUUAAAAACAUCAGCUGCUGCGUUCUGUAGUUUCAACGUUUGUCGUGUUUUUUGAUGACUCGGCCGAGUUUUUCUGCACCGUAAUCAGCAGCUCGUGUUUUCGCCCCAUUUUUUUGUUGGUUUGGAAGAUUCCGCCUGUUUACUGCGAACUCUGAGACCAGGGAACAGUCUUAUCUGCUCUUUAAAUCAGCUGACAAGACUGUGUCUCCAUGUGAUCUUAUAGAUGAGGGUGUUAUUAUUGCCAAGAAUCUGAAUAAGGUACAGUUCACAUUACACACAAAUGACUAUUAUGUCGGCAAGAAAUGAUCAUGUCAGGCUCAGAACAAGUGAGUAAGUAUCUUAUAAAAAUGUUGUUUGCAAGGAUUUGAGUUAAUUAAUACAAAUAAUACUCUGUUGUGGGUAAAUAUCCUUGUAUAACCCUCGAGCUGUUGCAGGAACCCAGAACGCUCAGAUACCGUAGAGCUGCUGCUGCUCAGUGAAGGCACCCUGGCAAAAGUAGGAGUCUUGGGUCCGGGACAGAGAAACAGAAGGAGUUGUGACGCUCAGGUUACCGCAGGUCUUCUGGCUCUUCUGUCCAUCCCAUGAAUGGAGCGGCUCUCUGUCCCUGCAGCUGAGAAACGUUGAGGCCCGAUCGGUAUGGUAAUCACACACCAACCACUGUGUCACAGACACUUCCGCCGUAUUUAGGUUAAAAUAGGUUCAACCAACAGGCUCUUGACCCUCAGCCAUUCACCUCACUGUGUCCUUUAUGUUCGCCUCACAAACCUGACACUCGCUGUCUCACAGGAUGUGAGCUCGUGAACUUCUGCGUCGGUGACCUUUCUUGCUUAAUUGAUUGGACUGGGGUUAAACCAUACGGAAUAUUACAAGCAAUACAUACAAUAUUAUUAGGUUACUCAGUAGAGCUCAAACCUCCUCAGUCCCUUAAAUAUGUACGAUUUUUGUUUGUUAAGAUCUCUGAAUUAUUCACUGGGGAAGUGGUGAAAAGGUCAAAAAACACAUAAAGCAAAAAAAGUGGAAAAUAAAAUCCUGGAUCUGCCUCGGGCCAUCCAUCCUUAUUAUUGGCCCAUGUCUCACCCAUCAACAGUGUUAGGUGGAAAUCAGGUUUUGUAUAAUUAUGUAGAUGAACAAAUUAAUAGACGGGAGAAAGCAGUAAAAACACUUGCACUGUAUGUUUGGAAAGUGCAGUAAAGCUGGUUGUUAUCAUGGCUUUCGUUAUCACUUGUACUACCCGGCCGACUGCUGUUGCUCAACUGCAGAUGUGUAAUGUACCACAGGUCUGACGGUUGCUCAUCGUUAUCAUUUAUUGAGCAUGUUUGAGAUGUGUUUUCUUGAGCAGUAGGCUGUGAACAGUGGAAACAACAGUGGCUGUAAAUGGAUCAAACCCCAGUUCACUGAAUCUGCACAAACUUGCAAACUUACACACAACUUCACAAGCCAGUGGAUCAGAAGCCAGGACUCAACGUAUAUGAAUACACAAAUCUUUCAGUUUUGUGUUUGGUACUGAGCUCAAGGCCAAGAAAUUCAAUUUAGAAACCCUGAGUGCUUUUCUAGAGGGUUGUAUGUCUCAAACAUCUGGUUUCCUCCCUCGAUCCAAUGUCAGACAUCUGGUUGAUUCGAGGUUCUAGAUGGAAUGUACAUGUAUACUGAAGGUGUUUCCAUGCAUGCAGAGAUGUGUUCUAGCAAUGACUUGGAUGUGCGUAGCCCAAACCUGACUCUGAUCAUUACCAGCAUCAAUCAUGUGUUCAUGUGAAUUGUCUUGAGGCUUUAAAUGCCAUGAGUUCAUGUUUAGAGGCGCCUUGUGUCAAAACCAUGUGAAAAUAUGUUGAAGUGCUGUGUCGGCCUGAAAGUGUGGUCGCUAUCACUCUUCUAACAGACUUUCUUUUUGUAGUAGAUAACUGGAGAUUUCUUUUGGGUGUUGUCUGACUCACUUGUAUUACACUAUAUCGUGAUGGAGUGGAUACAUGGGAAAUAAUGGGAUGAGUUUUUUGUUUGUGAAGUGGGUUUGCAUGUUCAGAUAUAUCUAUCCAUAUAUUUGAUUUAAAUUGUGUGAGAUGUGUCCUUUCAGGGAAACAAGGUGUUUAUGGGCAUUUGUGAUUCUUUUUUUUUUUUAAUAUCUGUUUUCCUCUUAUCCUCACCUUUAUUCCUCGUUAAUACCAAAUACAAAACCUAUUACCUAUUUCCUUAUUUUUUUGUGAGCAGUUUGUGCUGUUUAGUACAUUGUGUUUAAUUUAUUUCACGUUUUCUUAGUGUAGUUUGUGUAUGUUUCUUUGAGAUCAUAUGGCCAUUUCUUCACCUGAACUGUAUCAUGGUGUUUCACUUCUCUAAAAAAAUAAAUUAUAAAUAUUA